AUGGAAGACAACAAACUCAAGUCUAACAUAUUCACAGAUGAAGGCAGGCUGCCACAGGUUGAGUUUGCAAUCAAGAAUGUGUCCAGGGCAGGAACAAUAAUCGGACGUGUUUGUAUGGAUGGAGUAGUGCUCAUCGGUAUCAACAAAGAGCCUACAAAUGGAUCUAUAGAAAAAAUAUACCAAUUGAGUGAUGAUAUCUAUUGUGCACUCUGCGGAUUGUUUGGAGACGCAAUGAGAAUUAAGAAGUAUGCACAGAUCAAGGCACAGGACAUAUUGGAGCAAUUCGGCGUGGUCUGUCCUCUUCUAACACUUUGUAAAUUUAUUGGGCAAAAAAAGCAAACAUUUACACAGCAUGUAGGAACCAGGCCGUUUGGUGUGUCUUUUUUAUAUGCAGGCAUAAUUGACAAUCAAUAUGCAUUGGUAUCUACCGAUCCAAGCGGUACAAUAAACCGCUGGAUGGCAAUGUGCUAUGGAGAGAAUGAGGAGUCGAUCAACAGUGUUCUGAAGAAUGACGUUCCUGAUGAAGAGAUGGGCAUGGAAAAGGCAACGUUCGAAAUUCUCAAGGCUCUAGGAAAGGUUCAGGAAUCAACACCUAAAAUAGCCGAGAAGAUGGAAAUUCUACACUUUUCAAGCACUAGCAAAAGAUUUUUGCAAAGGAGCGAAAUCCAAAGCGUUCUUGAAAGCAUCAGCGCCAAAUAA